AUGUCUUGGGAGAUUCAAGAUCGUCAUCUGUGGCUCGGUUUUGGCGUCUUCUUGUUCGUUGCUGUCAAAGGAGUUGAGCGAUGCCUCCGAACUACUAUCAAACUAAGCGAGAUCUAUGAUCCCGUCUAUGCAAAAGCUGCUAACGGUACCCAGGCAGAAGAGUCCAUAAGUCUCGAAGCCUUGUCAACAUUGGUUACUUCGCCAAAUCAGGACAUUUCAAAUUCCGCUACCUCUCUCAUCCUAUCCCGCUUCGCCCUAGACGACUCAGCAACCUCGUCUCUGACCCACGACCUCUUCUCCCCGUCCGCAGACACUCGACUCUCCGCAAAACGGACCCUCGACCUCUUCGACAAUUUAGCCACCGACUUCUACCCUCUCAACGACACUGCCGUCUCUUCUCUCCAUGACAAAUCCGACCCUACAGUACAGGUCAUGUGCCGAGCUUACUUCAAAGCAGCCAGAAAGUAUCGUCAAGGCAGGUUGGCAACUUUGGUAGACAUUGCAGAUGCAGUCGAGGGAUCCACGAGAAUCACCCACAAUAGGGUGAGGCGAGCGCAGAGAUAUCCAGAAACGCAUUUUGUGUUUCCGCAGCAGGAAGAGAGUGCUGAGGUGGCUGCGUCGGCAAGAUUCCAACCCGUAUCGCAGAGGGUAGAGUCGUUGGUGGAUAUGCUGGCUGAGCAGGCAGUCAUGACGCGUCCGAUGGUUAGAUUUGCUGCUCCUGGAGAGCAGGAUGGUGAUGGUGCUUCUUCCACGACCUCCGGGUUGCCAGACUUGGAGGACUUGGAUGUUGUGGAUGACGAGGUUCCACAUGCUGCUGCUAGAGCGAGGUUUCAAUCGUCUUCCAAUCAUGAAGCUGAAGUGAGGAGACAGAGGAGAGAAGCCAUGGUCUUGCACGAAGGCGGCGGUGUCAUUGGAAGUGAGGACAUCAUUCAUCCUCGCACGAACAACCACUCUUAA